GAUUUAUCUCAAACAAAACCAAGAGAAGUUUUCAGAGAGAGCGAGAGAUAUUCCUGCAUAAAAUCAUGACAGUUAAACUCAGCAAUCUCGGCAUCGGGCUGGCCUCAGUCUUCCUCUUCUUUCUCCUCGCUCUCGCAGCAGAGCUCUUCUACAUCGUCUGGUGGCGCCGGAGAUUCCGCCGUGAAAAUUCCGCCGGAGCUGACAUAACCGGCGACCCCUACGUCAGCCCUUCCAAGGAGCUACUCUUCUUCCUCUGCUGGAAGAACCAGUCCCGUGUCGAGCCCGCCGGAGCAACCCCAGGCCACGUUCUCAGCUCCGCCGGAGCCGAUUUCCCCUCCCGGCCGGAAUCUGACUCCCUCUCCACUAAGGCACGCUCCGAUGCGGCGAACGGGGAAAGAGACGACGCGGAAUGGACGAAGAUGUACGGUCCGUCGAGGGUACUGUUCACGAUCAAUGAAGAGAGGGAGGUGUCUCUGUCCGCCGCGACGGACGAUUUGGAGAGAGGGGUGAGAGAGCCGACGCCCUUCUCGACGCCCUGCGACUCUCCUCUUUUCUACACGCCGUCGUCGUCUCCGCCUCGGGAGUCCAAAGCAUCGCCGUAAAUCUGACGCCCUUGCCGGAAAACGAUGGUAUUUCCGGCGGAAAUCUCGGCGGUCGUGCUUUCGUUGAAUGAAAGCUGUCGCCGGAAUCGUUUUUCGCGGCGUUCUUUUACUUGUAGCUGCGCUACCGAGCGAAUGUGGGGCCCACGUGAUUUAAGCAAGACAUCCAACCCGUCCAUCAGAUGCAUGUGCCUUAUUUUACUUUCAAGUACUGAAAAUGAGCCCGAUCCAAUCCUUGGGUGGGCCACAUAACAGGGAACAAGAUGGGAGGGAAUGGCUACCCUUGAUUUGCACUGUGGCCCACCUGAGUGGAAGAAUAGCCUGAUUUCUUCAUCCAGGCCAGAUGAAGGGUUUGAAUGGACCGGAUUGCAGAUACACUACACGGUGGGCCUCCUAUUCAAAUCAACGGUAGGCGUCCAACAGAACUUGUUCCCUGUGGUGUGGCCCACCUGACUUUUGGAUUGGGCUUUGGUGAGGAGGGUAAACUUAGGUCACGCAUCACAUGGACGGUUUUGAUGUCCUGAAUUCAUAACGUGGCCCCCACUUCUGUACGGUACCACCGCGUCCCGUUAAUUGGCUUUUGUGAUUUUCUUCUGGAAUUGACAUUUACAUCCUCUAUUUUUAUAUAGUUUCCCUUUCUGUUUGUCGCUA